AUGCCUCAACCCUUCCUUCAGCCUCAUCACGGCGACGAUCAUCCUCAUUUUGCCGAGUCUGGCCCCAGUCUAGCGGGUCUGAGAACCCUGUCCGCUCGAGUCAGAGUGAUGAAUAAAACAAUAACUAUUCGCUUAGGACAUCAGACCAACAUGACCAGUUGUAGCCCAUUGGACCACAUUCGUGAGCGAGACACUCAGCAAUCAGAUCCCCGUGGAGAAACAGAAUCAACCACAUUACCUAUCGAAACCUCAUACGAGUCGCAGUUCGGUACAGGAGAUCUUUUGGGAAGCGCCAAUAAAGGUAUCUAG